AUGGAGGAGGGAAAUGCCACCAAAAGUUACGGUGUUAGCAAUAUCACGUCGAGUGAUGCUGACGUAGAGAACAUGGUAACAGCAUGGUUCCAAAUAAUCAGUGGAUGCCUGGGGUUUGUAGGGAACCUUAUUUGCUUGGUCGUCUUGGGGAGGAGAUCGAGGAAGGACCACACCAACUGGUUGAUCAUCAACCAGUGUGUCGCUGACCUCGUAACGUCCGUCCUCCUCGUCGUCGCUACCGUUGACCAGACGUGGUUUCGAACGACAUCGUUCUCCUUAAUGUCACCGCUCAAGUGCGAGUUGCUCUGUCGCCUCUGGUACUCGCAGGUUGUAGUCUUCACCGGAUUUGCCAUCUCAACCUUUAACCUGACAUUGAUAUCUUUUGAAAGAUACCUGGCAGUAAUUCACCCUAUCGUUUAUUUAGCGUCCUUUAAACGCCAUUCUACGUUUCUACUGACAGUUUUCGCUUGGUUUACUGCACCUCUUAUGCAGGUCGUUCUCGCUUCAGCCUUAUACAAGUACCAUGGUGGACACUGUGUAUACGUUGGACAGAGACCAGGUUUCGGGAUAGGGGUCUUCGUUUGGGAGUUUUUACUUCCAGUUUCCGUCAUGACAUAUGCCUACGUGAAGAUAGCUCUGAAGCUUCAUAGUCUCGGGCGCAUCUCUGCCGUCUGGGCACACGAUGGUCCCAGCGUUAGGGUCAAUGCUGUCCAGGGUGGCGCCCUCUCCGUUGGAAAGAAAAUACCUGAAUGCAAUGCUAGUACAUCGCCUGAAGACUUGAACUUGAAGGAACUGCCACCGUUGCCCCAAGCCCCAGUCAAUAUUCGUCGUCAUAAGACGACGAUUACCCUCUUCAUCGUCUACCUUACAUACAUGGUUUGCUGGACUCCUAAUCAGGUCGCUUUCCUCGUCUUCAACUUGGGUGGGAUUUCUGAUUAUUUCGGAAGUAAGUGGCAUGCAAUGACCACCAUCUUAGCCUCCUUUAACAUCUGUGCGAACCGAUCAUUUAUGCCUUCCGGUACAGCCCCUUCAGGAAAGAAUUUCGUCAGAUACUCAACGAAUUUACUUGCUCUCGUUCAUGACUAA